GAUAAAGAAUUCAUAGACGAUUCCUCAGUAUGCAGAUCUGAUUUAUCAAAAGAUAAAUAUGAUGAAAGCAAUGACAAUAAAGAAAUUAAUAAUAAAUAUUUACCUUCAAGACUGCAAAAACAAUUUGAACAAAAUAAUGACGUCAGUAAUAAAGCUCAAAAUGUUUCUUCUACAAAAAGUAUUAAUACACUUUGUCGUACUGAUAGUGAUAUGAGUAGUAGUGGUUAUUCCGAGUAUAGAAGUGAUUCAUGGGUUGAAGAUGAUCAUACAAAUAAGUCAUCAACUUUGAAACGAGAUAAACGAACAGAAUUUGAUAGAUACAGAAGAGAAAAGGUUCGUUCAGAUUCUAAAGACAAAAAUGAUAAAUAUGCACAUAGUGAUUAUACUUCUAGAGGGGAUGACAAUAGAAAGAAUUACGAUCACAGGCGUGAUUUCAAAAGAAAUGAUUCUGGAGGUAAUUUAAAGAAAUCCAUUGAUGAUAAUUAUGAUGUUGACAAAAAAGAAUUUACAAAAGUAUCAAAAUAUCAUUCUAGAGAUUCUUUAGAAACUCCAGAAGAUAUUGAAAAAGAUAAUGUGCAAGUUGAUGAUGAAUAUCAUUGGAGACAAAAUUCUCUUGGUAAAGAUUUCUAUAAAGAUGAAAUUAAUUCAUCAGGCCAAUAUGGUAAAAAAUAUAUACCUGGCCCCAUAACUCAAGAGAAACUUGGGGCUUGUGAAUUGACCAGUGAACCUAAACGGAAUUUAAAUCAAUUAGUGAAAAGUGAAAGAAAAGAUAUGAAGAAAAAUGAUCAA